UAAUGACCCACGUUAGACUUAAACAAGUGAUUGAUCCGCCCAUGUGCGCAGUAGAUUUCUCUGACUAUGGCUAUAACAGAAGCGUUACUCUUGCAGGGCUCUGGGAUAGGUACUGUAUUUGGUGCCCUGCUGUUGUGUUUGGUUAUUUAUCUGUUCUCCAUCAGCUCCAGGUCUAAGGAUGACGGAAAUAAGUAUCCCCCAGGACCCAAACCUCUGCCACUUCUGGGGAACCUGCACACGCUCGACCUCAAGAAAACCUACCUGAGCCUUUGGGAGCUGUCAAAACAGUAUGGGUCGGUUUACACGGUGCACAUGGGCCCCAGAAAGGUGGUGAUAUUGUCAGGAUACAAGGCUGUCAAGCAGGCGCUAGUACACCUUUCAGAGGAGUUUGGAGACCGAGAUGUUACUCCCAUAUUUCAUGAUUUCAACAAGGGAUAUGGGAUUGCAUUUUCCAACGGUGAAAACUGGAGGGAAAUGAGACGCUUUGCUCUUUCAAGCCUGCGAGACUUUGGAAUGGGCAAGAAAAGAAGCGAAGAGAUUAUCAUUGAAGAAUCGCAAUGCUUAAAAGAGGAAUUUGCGAAAUAUAUGGGAAAACCAUUUGAAACAACUCUACCGAUGGCCAUGGCUGUCUCAAACGUCAUCUCUGCCAUUGUCUACAACACCAGAUUCGAAUAUAGCAACACUAAUCUACAUCGCAUGGUUAAACGAUCUUAUGAAAACAUGAGGUUAACCGGAUCAGCUUCAGUUCAGCUCUACAACAUGUUUCCUUGGAUCCGUCCUCUUGUGGCGAAUCGGAAACGCAUCGUGAGCAACGUCAAUGAAACCAUAAGGCAAAAUGAGGAAAUAAUAAAUGGCCUGAGGAAGACUAUAAACCCUCAGGACCCCAAAGGAAUCGCUGAAUGUUUCCUGAUACGACAGCAAAAAGACAAGGAAUCUGGCAAAACAGACUCUUUCUACAAUUCGAUGAAUUUAUACUAUACAAUGAACAACAUAUUUGGUGCUGGUACCGACACCACGGCCACAACACUGCGCUGGGGUCUUCUGCUCAUGGCCAAAUACCCUGAAAUACAAACUAAGGUCCACAAUGAGAUUGACCAAGUGAUCGGUGGACGUCAGCCAGUGGUGGAAGACAGGAAGAACUUACCAUAUACAGAUGCUGUGAUCCAUGAAACUCAGAGAUUUGGAAAUAUAUCACCCAUCGGUUCCCCGCGUCGCACCACCUGUGAUGUUCACCUGAACGGAUAUUUCAUAAAGAAGGGUACCAGUGUGUGGCCUCUAUUGGUAUCUGUACUUAUGGAUGAAAAUGAGUGGGAAACUCCUGACCGCUUCAACCCAGGACACUUCCUAAAUAAGCAGGGCCAGUUUGUCAAAAAGGACGCCUUCUUGCCCUUCUCUGCAGGUCGCAGGGUUUGUCUUGGAGAGGGUUUGGCCAGGAUGGAGCUCUUCCUGUUCUUCACCUCCCUUCUUCAGCAUUUCCGCUUCACUCCUCCUCCUGGAGUGUCUGAAGAUGAUCUGGAUCUCAAACCAGUCGUGGGCUUCACCCUGAACCCGGCCCAACACAAACUGUGCGCAGUCAAGCGGUCUUAACCUGCUAUAUUUGCUACACUUUAUGUCUGGUUUGCUUUCGUUUUGUUCGCUUGUAUACCGCAUUUGCUCAUUUAGCUUUCCACUGAAAGCACAUUCAGUGUUCAUUACUUUUUAGAUGAUACCUAUAGUGCCUUUGCUUUUCUCUACAAAAGCGUGUAAAUACAUCUGUCAAUUUAAAAUCAUGCAAAUAUAUUUUGUAAAACUUAUGAUAGCGCUUAAAUUGCAUUGCCUACAGAUGCUUCCUAAAAGAUGACGGAUAUUCAAUAAUACAAUGCUUAAAUAAAUGAACUUUUCUACA